AAGAGAAAUCCCAGCUGUCCCCUAUGAAGGAGUCUGGCACUGGCCAGGUCUUCAGGAAAGAGACCCCCGUCCUGGCUCGGAAUUAAAUGGGGUCUGCCCGCUUUGUGUUGGGGCCACUUCCCUAGAGAGCAGGACCCCCAUGAAGGGCUAUAAAGAGACCCUCAGCCCACUAGGAAGGUCUCCUCCUCCCUCCCCCAGAUGCAGACCAGAAAGACCCCCUGCUCACCCCAGCACAGCCCUCCCACCCACCGAGAAGCCGUGGGGCAGGCAUCACAGGGGUGGAGGGUUGUGAGAAAGGGGGCGGGGGACUCAUACACACUCGCUGCCCAGCGGAGAAGGCAGAAAUGCAGCAGCGGGGAGGGGGGCGUGAGUGGAAGCCAAGCAGCGGGUGGGCAGGAGCCAGUGCGAGGGGCGGCGCCCGCCAAGCCUCUCCCAGCGGCUGUCCCAUUGAAUCCGGUGCCUCUGUGGCGCGAGAGGAGAUGUGUGGCUGGGGCCGGGGCCGGGGGGGUGCGUGUGUGUGUGUGUCUUCACCCAGGGUGGGAUGCUGCCCCCCGUGUCUGCCUUCCCGUCCCAAGUCCAACGCGCUGAGCCCGUGGGGUGCGGAGGCAGUGCUGGCGCCUCCCGCUGCCUGUGCCCGGAAGGCAGAAGGAGCCGCGCUGACGCCCGCGCUGGCCACCAGCAGCCCUACAGAGGCCAGAGAGCGAGAAAGGCAGUCGCGCAAGCAGUGGAAAUGUCAGGGAGCCCCAGCCCCCCUCCGUGGCAAGAUGCUGUUGUCCUGGGACCUGCGCGGAGCUGCGUGGCUCCUCUCCCUUUGCCUGCUGAGCCAGGGCCGCCUCCGCGCUGCAGCUGCCCCUCUCUUUCUGGGGGAGGAAGCCCGCCCGGGAGAAGCUUUUCCCCCAGCACCCCACGGACCAGCGGCCCCUGAGAUCCAGGCCGACUCGCUGCCCGAGGGCGGCCCAGGAGCUGCAGGCCAGAAGGAGCCCCCCGGCGAGCUCUUCCAAGACGUGGACCCCAAAGCCUUGGCAGCGGUCCUCCUGCAAGCCCUGCAGCUGGAGCCCGAGCAGCCCCACGAGGGCCGCAAGGACCGCGAACCCAGCGCCAACGAGGAGAGGGUCCGGAGCGAGACCGAGAGCUCCGAAGUGGCGCCAGAGAGGGGCCCGGGCUGGGGAACCACCCAGGAGGGAGACGAGCCCCAAGACCAGGGCGGGCAGGCGGCGGCGGCGGCCGGCCAGGAGCGGCACCAGCUGCAGGAAGGGGAGAGCCUGCAGGCCAUGCUGGAGGCGCUGCAGCGCUACCGCCCAGCCGCCAAGAGGGAGGAGCCCCCUCAGGAGCGCCGGGCGGUGCCCUCCGGGGACAGGGAGGCCCGCAAGGAGGUGCUGAAGGGGCUGGAAGAGCAGGAGCAGCGGCGGGCCCCCUCCAAGCGCAAAGCGCCCCCCAGCGAGGCCUGGGCGGGGGCCCGGAAGCUGAGGCAGCAGCAGCACCUGGAGCACCAGCUCCUGCAGAGGCGCUACGAGGAGCUGGCCGAGAGCCGGAGGCAGGCGGAGGAGGCGCGCCGGGCGGCCGCCGAGGAGGAGCGCCUGGCCGACAUGGCCUCCGACUUGCUCCUGCAGUACCUGCUGAAGGACGGGGGGGAGGAGGAGGAGGAGGAGGAGGACGGGCAGGGGGCGCGCCAGGCCGCCAGCGCCCGGGAGGAGUCCGAGGAGGAGGAGGCGGCGGCGGCGGCGGCGGCGAGGAGGAGCGGGGGCCAAGGGAGCUCCCUGCUCUUUGAGGACGAGGAGGGCAACGUGGCCGAGGACAAGCGGUCCAACGAAGCGCCGGAGGAGGAGGAGGAGGAGGAGGAGGAGGAGGAGGAAGAGGAGGAAGAGGAGGACAUCGACCCCAACACGAUCGAUCGCCUCAUCGAGCUCUCCAGCAAACUCCACCUGCCGGCCGACGACGUCAUCGACAUCAUUAACGACGUGGAGAAGAAGAAGAGCAGCAGCAGCAGCAGCAGCAGCGGCCCCGCGGCGCCGCCCGGCAAGAACAAGAUGUUGGCCCCCGCGCCGCGGGACCAGCCCAAGAAGGCCCCUCCUCCCUACGCGACCCGCCGCCAAGACGCCAGGCCCGCCCCGAAGGCCUACUCCCCUCGUGCCCGCCCGCCCUACCGCUAUCUCCCCGAGGAGGACGAGGCAGCCUGGAACGAAGUCCUGCGAGGGGACGAGUAUCCCACCCCCAAGUGGCACCGCGCCAUGCCCAGCAGCAAGCUCUCCAACGACAUCAGCCCCAGGACUUUCCAGCCUCCGGCCGCCCACCGCUCCCACUUCCUUCCUGGCCCCAUGGUGCCCCGGGACGAGUACGACGGCGACAGCCAGGCCCGCGACCUCCACGACGAGGAGCUGGAGAACUACAUCGAGAGGGUCCUGCUGAAGCACCCCAACGCUUUCCAGUGAGAAGGCGUGAUGUGGUCUCCCUCUCCCUCGCUCCCUCCCUCCCCCCCCCAAGAAACUUGGCCAUCCACAGUGUUUCCGACAUAAAUCCAGGUUCUUGCAUGAGUCAGGAGAACAAAGUCCCUCCCGCGCCAACCAGCCAGCCAGCCAGCCAGCCAGCGAAAGGUCCCCAUGGAGGACGUCCGGAGGCAACCACCUCCUUCCCGGCAGCCGAUUUGCUUGGUUUCCUUCUCACCACCAGGAAGAACCCGCCCGCCCCCCCUCCCCGCAGACCACACAUCCACGGGAUCUCCGAAGCACACGCACGCACAGAGAACACCCUUCUUCUCCCCCGCCCAGCAGCUCUGCCGGCAGCUUAGCUAGAACCCCGCAUUCAAAGCAGCGGCGGCGGCGGCCCAGUCGGAGCUUGCUUUCCAUCCCAAGGGGAGCCUCCAGCGAGGACCCCCGUCCCUAGACUGUGUACGAAGCCCUUCGAGGCACUGGGUGAAGAGCCGGACCCCGAUCCUCCCUUCAGUUCCACAGCCCCAGGGAACGGUCCCGGGGAAGAACGGGGCGGGGGCUUCCGGGAGGAAGUGCGGCUACAUCACGAAACUGGCGGUGGGAACCAGGGGCGCCGGUUGGUGCUGAAAGCCAUGCCCCACCCCCACCCCCACCAGGGGUGCUUGCGGCUGCUGCUGCCCAUGCCUGCCCCAGGUCAAGAGGACUUCCCCCCGCCCCUUCAAGGUCUGGCAGUGCGAGAGCCUAAAUCACGGGGACCCCCUUGGGAGCCAGGGGACCUGAGCCCCCGCCCCACGAGCGGAGCAGCCCCGGGUCAUUGUUCCAAGCGGAGAGGAGGCCCCGGUCUCUUCCCAAGACAAGCCUUCUUGGCUGGUGGCGCCGGCUGAGGGCUGCAGGUUGCUGGGGACAGAAAUAACUUCUGUGGGUACGCUCCGAAGGGGAAACAGAAAGCCCAGCCCUGGGGGUGGGGUCGGGGCUAAAGCAGUGCAGAAGCUCACCGGACACACCUCAAGUAGGUGCUCCGAUGAGCAAGCCCGCGCCAGGGUCUCAGGGCGCCCAAGAGCGAAGGGCCAGUUUAGUUACAGACGCAGUCCAGGGCGGAACCCAGAAGAAGCCCUCUCCCACCGAGGCCAAACCCCAGCGGCAAACCAAGACUCUCUACAGAACUGCCCAGCGGGGUCGGUUCUUUACCACUGAAGUUUCCCCGAGGGGAAGGGUCUUGACAGACAUGCAGCGGACACCCCGCCCGGAAUUUCCUUGCAAACGCCCCCCUGCAAGAGCCCCCCUUUGGAAGGAAGGGCCAGCUCCGCCCCCGCCCCCUCCACACACACCCUGCCCCCCGCAGGCCCGGCGCCCUCCAGUCAGGCCCGGCUGAAGAGCUCUGCCGAGUCGGACACUCUCUUGCGCUCAAGUGGGAGAGAGGUCACCCGGGAGGCCUCCCCGCGCAGCUCCAGCCAAGAGGCAGACGGGCCUCCCCCCCAGAAGCCGCUCUCCUUUUCUCUCUGUCACACACGCGCAGGCACUAGAGAGUCGUCCCAUGUCCAACCUUCUUGAUGCUGAAGAGGAGGAGGAGGAGGAGGAGGAGGAGGAGGGAGACCCCACACCAAACUGCCUUAUUCAGCCCACUCCUCACGGCCUCUCUGCUCGUCGGCAUUCCAAGGCUGAGGAGGCUCUCCGCUAGCAUCCCACACCCAGAAACACGCGAGUCUGGUGGGGGGGGGUGUCUUUGAGCAUGCUCUUCUGCACCUACUUGUGCAAGUUCACAACCAUCCCAAGCUGCAUCCCAGGGAUCCGCCUGGAUGGAUAUUUGGAGGGCGGACGCAGCGGGGGGGGGGGGUCCUGAAGGCAGCAGUGUGCACGUGUCCAGAAGUUUUCCCCCUCCGGCAUCAGUCCCAGAGUGUGGCGAGUUUCUUCGCUUUGUGAUGUCCAGUCUUGUAAAAAAAAAGGAAAAAAAAAGAGUUGUUUCAAUGUCCUGAUCCAUGUUGUUGUACUUGAAAUAAAACACGUUUGGCCUGUUGUAAAUAAGCACGUGGAAUUACUAGUUUUGCUAAGAAAUAAAAGCACCUAUUUUAUUAUGA